AUGGUCGACGAACUGCUGACUGCAGUUCGCUGCUAUUCUGCUACAAGCUCACCCUUGCAGUGCGAGUUUGUCCACAGCAAGAAGGGCAAAAGGUGCUGGCUCACAGCUGCCGCAGGUUGCGCCAGGUGCAAGACGCAUCUGAAUGUUGCCGAUGGAGAUCGUGUGAAGUGUCCCCUUGAUCCAUCACAUACAGUGGAGCGCAGCCACCUGGAACGACAUUUGACUACGGCCUGCCCAAGCCUGAGAGACGCGCAGUUUCUCGGAGCUCAGCCAUUCUUCCGUGCGGGGAUCAACCGUGCGCCGCAGACCGGCUUUAUUUCAAGGGAUGCCGGUUCAAUGAACCGGGACGCAUGGAUUGCCAGAAUCGAAGCAGUGUUUCCAAAGGCCGUUUGCCAGGCUUUGGGCUGGGAUCCAUCGAGGGCAAAUGUUGAGACCAUAGUGCAGCAGUCGCUGAGUGAGGCAGCUGCUGGGGAGCUUGGGCAUUCUGACAAGCAUGGCCUGCAGAAUCAGUCUUUGUGCCAACUAGCCUCCGAAGUGUGCGGGGCGAGGCUUGCAGAGGCCGUCAUGGUGGAAUACGGCUGCGGACGAGGGGCUCUAUCCUUGUCGCUGCUGCAAGCUCAUCCACAGGCCUUGAGCGUGCUUGUGGAUCGGGACACGCGCCGCCACCGCGUGGAGCAGCGUCGGGAUGAGGGCCACGAGGUGCUGCGACUUCGGAUGGACAUUGCUGACUUCGACUUGGGAGCCCUGCUGUGGGAGGAGGUCCUGAACGCAGAUGCAAUCCGGUCAGAUGCCUUCGCUCGCUGCGCACGCAGUGCACUGCGCUCACGGCAUUUGCAUGGCGUUGCCAACAGGCUGAGGGCGCCGCCCUUUCCUCCCAGAGGUGGCCUGCUGGUCUGCGCCAAGCACCUUUGUGGCAGUGGCACGGACCUUGCACUUCGGUCCCUGCACGGCACGAUGCACAAGCCCAUCGAGGUCGGCUUGUGCUGCGCAACUUGCUGCCACCAUCGUUGCGAUUUAGACAGCUACGUGAAUCCCGGCUUCCUGUCCAGUUUGGGGCUUACGAACCAGCCACAGGACUUUGCAGAGUUCGUAUCAGCAGCUGGCUGGGCAGUGGGAGCAGCAGAUGCUCGCUUACGGCGCGCGGGCGUUAUGGCCAAGCGGAUCUUGGACUACGGCCGAGUUGCAUGGCUCAGAAAGGAACUGGGCUUUGCAGAUGCCCAGGUUGUCUCCUACGUGUCGAAAGAAGUGACGCCAGAAAAUGUGGCCAUUGUUUUCAGCGGAAUGUCAGCAGCGCCUUGCUGCGGACAGAAGAAAAGUCAUUUACCACAGCACUGCAUAAUGCCCUCACACCUUGGUAGAUGCACAAGCAUCGUCAAAGCAAAGCAUCAUGAGCAAUAG